GUCAACUCAAAACAUUUUCUCGGACAAAUUUUUCUACACUUUUCACGAUUUUUCAUAGCUUAAGUAGUAAAUUUAAAUAAAAAUAAAAUAUUUAAAAAAUGGAUGCACCCAUCGACCAAGCCCUCAUCAAGAAAGAAAUGCUCUUUCCGGGCUCCAAAUACAUUCCGCUCACCCCAGGGACCAGAGUGAAAUUUCACUAUCAGACACGCAAAUGCGACAAGGACCGAACAUUGAUCGAUGACAGCAAGAAAACGAACAAACCGAUGGAGUUGGUGUUGGGAAAAAAGUUCAAAUUGGAAGUAUGGGAAGUGAUUGUGCAGAAAAUGGCUCUAAAUGAAGUCGCGAAAUUUACCGUGGAUCAAUCAUUGGUAGUUCAGUACCCAUUUGUGGCAAAAACGAUUCGUGAUGCGAGUAAACCACCUGAGGAACGUCGCACACACAUGUGUGGCAUGACACUACAGAACGAAGGCAUCGGCUAUGACGAUUUGAACGACUUGCUGAAGCAUCCGUGUGACUUGGAAUUCACUGUUGAGCUGAUUUCCGUGGAGCUGGCCUCCGAUUAUCAAAAGGAAUCGUGGCAAAUGGACGACGACGAGAAGCUGAAACGAGUUCAAGAGCUCAAAGAUCAAGGAAAUGAUUUUUACAAGCAGCGCGAAUUCAAAAAAGCUGAAGAUGCUUACUCGUAUGCCAUUGGAAUCAUCGAACAAUUAAUGCUCAAAGAGAAACCGAACGACGUCGAAUGGAAUGAACUUGCCGAAGUCAAAGUUCCGCUUUUAUUGAAUUACACUCAAUGCAAAUUAUUGGCGAAAGACUACUAUCCGGUCAUAAAUUACUGCACGGAAGUCCUGAAAUACGAUCCAGACAACGUAAAAGCGUAUUAUCGACGAGCUAAAGCGCACGCAGGUGUCUGGAUGGACAAAGAAGCUGAACGGGAUUUCAUCAAAUGCGUCGAAUUGGAUCCGAAAUUGAACUCUGCGGUUGCCAAAGAAAUGAGCGAAUUCAAAAAAUUGCUGCGAGAGAAGGAAAAAAGCGAAAAAGAAAAAUUAAAAGGACUGUUCUAAGACUUUAAAGCACACAAAACUCUAUAUUUCCACUGUUUGAACGUACAAAAAAAAUUCGUAUCUAGUCACAAAAAGGGACCUUUCUUACUUUCCUGAAGCAAUUUAAAGGAAAAUAUUUGGAAAAAUUGUUAGAAAUUUAGUUAUUUGUGUUUGUAAAUGUCAAUAAAAGUGAUUGAAUCAUGAAAUUUUUUCAUUUUUUUAUGUUUUGUGGAGUUUGUACCAACAUCACGAGAUGAAAAAAUUGUUUGCUGAGAUGUUUAAAGGUUGUUUGUUAAUUUGAAGGGUAAAUUCGCGAAUAGAUGAACUUAAUUCCAAGUCGAGUUUGCUGC